AGAACAAUAAAUAUUACUAAAACUCACACACACACCGAAAAAUUCCGAUUUUUAAUUUAGAUAGGGGCGUCCAACUAACAAUAUCAACAUUGUCGAUUGCGCAAGAGAAUCAAUCUUCCUAGUAAUAUACUAGUAAUGCAUUGCAUGUGGCCUUUGCACUGAAACUGAAAUAAUAAAAGAAAGAAUUGCCCAGUUCACACUCCAUGUGCGAUGCUUCAUAUUCCUGCUGUCUUUGUUUCUCUCUUUCUCUCACACACUCCUAUUGCACAUGUCUCAACUCAACUUCACCUCAAAAUAAACCACUAACAACGUUGUAACCAUUCCCUCAAACAUCAUCAUCAUCAAUCUUCUUCCUAUGGAUUCCAACACCAUUCUUGAUUAUGCUCUGUUUCAACUCACCCCAACAAGAACAAGAUUUGAGCUUUUAGUCUUUAAUGGAACUGGUCGUGAGAAAAUAGCUUCUGGGUUAUUUGAACCUUUCAUUUCUCAUCUUAAAUUUGUUAAAGAUGAGAUCUCUAAAGGUGGUUACUCUAUUAGGCUUCUUCCUCCAUCCAACACUGCUUAUUGGUUUUCCAAAUCCACCUUUGAGAGAUUUGUGCGCUUUGUUAGCACGCCUGCAGUUCUUGAGAGGUUUGUUAGCCUUGAAAAAGAAAUCCAGCAGAUUGACAGUCAAUUUCAAGCGAAUGCGUUGUCGAUGUCAGUAACAAUCCCAGAUGAAGGAAACUUGCCACAAACAAAUGGAAACACAAGGAGGUUGAGUGAUUCUACAAAGUUAAAUGAUGUACUUGAAGGGGUUGAUAUUAAAGAAGAGGAAAACUCAAAGAUUUCCCUGCAACGUCUUUUGGAGUCUCGAAUCGCACUACUUCGAAAAGAGCAAGCAAUGGCGUAUACACGAAGUCUUGUUGCUGGCUUUGAUAUUGACAACAUUGACGAUCUUGUAUAUUUUGCAAAUGCAUUUGGAGCAUCACGUUUAAGGGAAGCUUGCAUUAAUUUUAAGGAUUUAUGGAAGAAAAAGCAUGCAGAUGAUCUUUGGGUUCAGGAAGUAGCUGCAAUGCAGUCGAGUUUACCACCGGCAUUCUCAUUUUCUGGAUCAUCAGGAAUCAUACUCGCGAAUGACAUACCUUCCCAUGAGCAGAAUAACAAGAAUAAUAGCUCUACAGACAGUAUUCCUUCCGGCGACGAAAAUGCAUUUCUUGAAACAUCAAGCAAAAAAGAAGAUGUGAACUUGUCACACACGGCGAAUGUUCAUAUGCCAAUGCAUAUGCCAUGGCCUUACAACGUACCGCCAUAUAUGUAUAAUCCUGGUCAGCAAAUGCCUUACCAAGGAUAUCCUCCGUACCAUCAAAAUAAUAUGCAUUGGUCUUCUAACAUGGGAGUGAAUCAAAAAUCAUCAGCAACUAAAAAAGAGAAAUCUCAUUAUAAGAAAAUAUCAGAAGAAUAUGAAGAGCAGCUAACUGAGUCCAGUGAUCCUGAUUCUGGGAGUGAGUCUGAUUCAGAUAAACAGAAAGACUCGAACAAUUCUUUGAAGGAAGAAAAGAGGAAAAAACACAGAAGAAAAUCAACUGGAACAGUUGUGAUACGAAAUAUCAACUACAUUACUCCAAAAAGGAGAAAUGGAAAUGAGAGUGGAAACUCUGAUGAAUCUUCUUUAGAAGACGAUGCUGUCUUCGACGAAGAAACCAUCAAACAGAAGGUUGGUGUUGCACUUGAAUCAUUACAAAAGGUUCAUAAAGCUGAAAAACGUGGUAAUCGAAAAAAGUCGGCGGCCAAACACAAUCCAACUAAAUCUAGUGAUGCUGCUGACGAAGAUGAAUCUGAAGAUGGGAACAAGAAUGAGAAUUGGAAUGUAUUCCAGAGCCUUUUGAAGAUAGAUACGGCCGAGACUGGAAUUGAUGGAUCAGAACAGAUGCAAUCGAUUGAUGUUCAGGAUGAACAUUUUGUGCUGAGAAACUCUGAAGGAAGAAGUUCUUCUCCAAAGAAUCGUGAAGUUGUGAAUGACUCCUUUAUUGUGACUGAUAGAGAUAGAGGAAAUGAAGGCGGAUCGAAGCUGAAUGAAUAUGUAGACAACUAUGGCCCAAUUACAAAGAUCAAGGAAAAUAUUGGUGAAGAUAUAUUGCUAUCACACAUAUCAAGAGGACCAAGAAAUGAACUUGAUGAUCCAUUAAAUACUUCUGCUGCCGAUUCAUUACAAACCAAGGGAAGAGGGUCUGAAGAUUGGUUCAUUGUUGAUAACAAUUUGGAAAAUACGAGAAGUCAUGAUUCGUCAAUUGUGCCUAUAGUGUUUGAUUCAUCCAAUGCUGAAAAAAGAAGUGAUAGACCUAUCAUUGAUGAUUCCUUCAUGAUACAAGGUCAAUUGGUAGAUAAUAAUCUUUCUGAUUCGCAAUGGAAGACGGAUAUGAGUAUGGUUGAAGAUCUAACAUCUUCUAACAAGCUAGAAAGUGACACAAAAGAAAAGAAUGCAGCUCCAAAGAUAGAAGAGCCAAAUGAUCUCUGUAUGGUUCUACGACGCGAUUCUGGAUCGGAUUCAGUUGAGGCCUCGAGGACAAUGGACUAUGAAAUUGACUUUUCUUACUCAGAACCUGAUAGAAGAACUUCUGUUGAUGAUUCACAAGUUACUGUGAAUAACAAUCUUCCAAGUAGUCCAAAGAAAACCAAUGUUGUUAAAAGCAAAGUCUCGCGUUUGUCUGGAAAGGGCACGCCGCCUGAUAUGAUUUCAAGGAACAAAAAGCCGUCUCUCCCAAAAAGGCCUAUUGUUCAGAAGAGUCAAAGGGAAAAGGAAGAUGAAAUUAGGAGGCAGUUGGAAGAGAAGGCGAUUGAACGCCAGAAGAGAAUUGCCGAAAGAACUGCAUCUUCUGGUGUUGCAGCAAGGAUUUCUCCAAAGACUGACAAGAAUAAGACUCAAACUGUUACCAGAGUCAGUUCUGUUAAGGUCAGGGGAAAUUAGAAAAACUUGUUGGUAUUCGGUAUUCGUUUCAUAAAGUGCAGGCUAUGAUGAGUCUACAUGGUAUAGUGUAUUUAAAUGAUUGAUGAUGUUAUUAAAUUAAAUUAAAUUGAAAUGAAAUGAAUAGUUUUGUUUUGUAUAAAUAAAUUCUUGAGGUCAUUGGAAGUUUUCAGACCUAUAUAGUUACUCAAAAUAGAGAUUUCUUUUGAAUUUUGAUU